AUGAGUUGAUGAAAUGAAAAUGAAAUCAUCCAAUUCUGGAAAAAAUUAAAACGUUUUUUAUACGUCGGAUAAAAGGAGGCGAGGCUGCUUUUCCAUUACGCAGAUUCGUAAUUAAAUGAUUUCAUUUCGUUCGAAAAAAUGAAAUUGUAAAUAAAGUGAAUAUAGUAUUUAUACUGAAGGUAAAAAGUCACAGUCUCGUAAGUCUUCUCUUUCUCUCUCUUUCUCUAUCUAUCUCUCUUUCUCCAGGAGAAUGAGCUAGGGUUUGUGUUCGUCCCCAAAAUCUAGGGUUUCGAACAAUCAUUUUCGCUACGUCUGGAACAGUCUGGCACAAUGUGCGUGGAUUUCGGAUUCCGCCAUUGAAAUAGCUGCGAAAUCUGUUUGCAUUUUGAUCUUAAGGAAAAGAACCCUAGCGGUGAUGGCGAAGACGAGGCCUGGGAAAAGAGACUUGGAUUCGUACACCAUCAAAGGCACCAACAAGGUGGUGAGAGCUGGUGAUUGCGUGUUGAUGCGGCCAUCGGACACCGAUAAGCCAUCGUACGUAGCGCGUGUGGAGAAGAUUGAGGCCGAUAAUCGGAACAACGUGAAGGUUCGGGUGCGGUGGUAUUAUCGGCCGGAGGAGUCGAUUGGAGGGCGGAGGCAGUUCCAUGGAGCAAAGGAGUUGUUUUUGUCGGACCAUUAUGAUGUGCAGAGUGCUCAUACUAUUGAAGGGAAGUGCACUGUUCACUCCUUCAAGAACUAUACUAAGCUUGAAAAUGUUGGGGCUGAGGAUUACUAUUGUCGGUUCGAGUAUAAGGCAGCUACUGGGGGUUUCACGCCGGACCGAGUUGCUGUGUAUUGCAAAUGCGAGAUGCCUUAUAACCCAGAUGAUCUUAUGGUCCAGUGCGAGGGGUGCAAGGACUGGUAUCAUCCUGUUUGUGUUGAAAUGACUAUUGAAGCAGCAAAAAAACUAGAUCACUUUCUGUGUUCUGAUUGUUCUGAUGAUGAGGCCAAAAGAUCCCAGAAUGCAUUUCCUACAUCGCCGACAGCUGACACCAAGGUGGAGCCAAAGCGUAGGAAGAGAUGAGCACAUCCAGAGGCCAGGAGUUGUGGUGCAAGGCUUGACUCUUACACAUUUAGCUCUUGCAUUGUUGUUGUGUGAGUUGUACAGUGCAGAGAACCAUGCUGUGCUUUGCUCAGACUGGAGGCUUCUAGUAAUUUAUGUCUUUUGUCUCUGGAGAUAUGUAUGCAAUGCUAGAUUUAGGAUAUUACUUUGUAAUAUACAUUCUGUGCAGAAAGAUGAUUCAGAUUUAAGGCGACUUCUCUAAGAACACUCUGAACCCAAAGGUUUGUGGUAAAAAAACCAUGGAUUCCCAGUUUUUGGUAGCUUUGCGAAAACCAUGAAAAUCCCUUUGCUCA